AAAACUCAUCGUAUUCUCGAAAACCGACGUGUCAACUGCACAAACGCAACGAAAACUGAACUUUGAGAACGUGUCAACGCCAUAUGUCCAAUUCACCAUAAGCCACUGUAACACUCACUUUGCCACUUUGGCCUCUUUCUUCACCUUCGUCUUCUUCUGCACGCUCCAAACCCUCUCAUUCACGGUCAUCAAUGGCGCAUUCUCUUCAGGAGUUCGACACUCAUCUGGACGCUGCUUCACCGAAAUCAUCAUUCUUUAAAGUUUCUUUACAGUUCUUGCCGUUUUGAAAAUCACAAGCGCACCAAGUUAAGAGUGCACUCAUUGAUUUCUCUUUAAAGUUGGAAGUCGGAAGAUGUCCAAAAGAUGGAAUCGACAUAUUCCUUGGCCUUGGGUGCCAUUUACAGCAACCUCCAUAAACCAGCGGUCAUCAUCGCAGCAUGCUUCGUACUUGUAGCAUUGGCCCUGUCGCUUUUUCUCGUGUUUCAGCAUCUCAAGUACUACACCAAUCCUGCUGAACAAAAGUGGGUAGUUGCAGUACUUUUCAUGGUUCCAGUCUAUGCAAUUGAAUCAAUAAUAUCAUUGUGGAACCCAAAAUUGUCUCUCGCUUGUGACAUAUUGAGAAACUGCUAUGAAGCAUUCGCUUUGUAUUCUUUUGGAAGAUACUUGAUUGCCUGUCUGGGUGGUGAGAGAAACGUGAUCGAGCUACUUGAAGAUGAAUCAAGGAAAUUGCUCCAAAAGCCACUCCUGAACCACACAAACACAAGUCCAAAGAAAAUAGGAAGCAGAGUUUGGAACUUCAUCUUUCAACCAUGUGUUCUUGGAGAAGAUCUGCUCAUCAUUGAGAAAUUUGGUCUCGUGCAGUAUAUGAUUCUGAAGACAGUAUGUGCAUUUUUAGCACUUAUUUUGGAGCUCCUUGGUGUCUAUGGUGACGGCGAAUUCAAAUGGAAUUAUGGGUAUCCAUACAUAGCGGUGGUACUGAACUUUAGCCAGAUGUGGGCAUUAUUUUGCCUUGUUCAGUUCUAUAACGCAACUCACGAGAGAAUAAAAUCGAUAAAGCCACUGGCUAAGUUCAUCAGCUUCAAGGCUAUUGUAUUCGCCACUUGGUGGCAAGGCGUGGGGAUUGCACUUCUAUGUACCUUUCAUGUUCUGCCUAAGGAAGGAAAGCUGCAAACUGGAUUGCAGGAUUUUCUUAUCUGCAUAGAAAUGGCAAUUGCAGCUGUUGCCCAUGUUUUUGUCCUUUCGGUGGAGCCCUACCGUUACAUCCCAAUCACCGAAAGCCCAAAAGUCACCACAGAAAAGACAGUCGCCAAAGUAAAGUUGGAAGAGGGUGAUAAAGAGAAACCGGCCAUGGUCGAGAAGACUGACACGAAGGUGGAGGUCCCGGGUACUAGCAUCUCCGAGAGCGUCCAGGACAUUAUUGUCGAAGGUGGUCAACGCGUGGUGAAGGAUGUUGUGCUGACAAUAAAUCAAGCAAUAGAACCAGUCGAAAAGGGGGUGGCAAAGAUCCAGGAGACAAUUCACCAAAGAUCACAGGAGUCAGAUGAAAAGGAUGAACAAGUGGAAGAGGUAGAGGCCAAGGAACGCGUUGAACUCGAAGGCACGGAGAGGGAAACUGUUGUAAGCAUAGAAGAGAGAGUAGUCAAAGGAAAGGAUUGAUCGUGCGCUACAGCAGGACGUGCCAGAGAGCAGUUUUUGACUUGUUAAUUCUUGAAAUGUGUUGUCUUGAUUUUGAAUUGAGCAAGUAAACGCUGCUUGUAUGC